AUGUCCACAGAUAUAUAUGAAGGAUUCAAUUUGUACAUAUUAGCUGAAAAAUUUUACAUUGAGCCUCGAGACCGAGAUGGAAAUCGUUUAUCGGACCAAUACCUCGAAAUUGAUCGCCACACCAAUCACAUACGAGUAUCAGACCUAUCCACAUCACGUAUCCCUCUUCACGAUGCGGAUAUACAGUACAUUUAUGGCGUACUUGGCGUAAUUCCAAUUGUUUCUGGUAUGGCUUUAAUAGUGAUUAAAAAAGCUCGCUUGGUUGGUAAGUUGAAUGGGCAUUCCAUAUGGACAAUUACUGAGACCGAUAUUAUUCCCUACAAGAAAACGACUUUACAUCUGACCGAGAAACAGAUAUGGUAUAAUCGCCAUUUCACGGAAAUGUUGCAAAGCGUGAUGGCUACCACUGGUUUUUACUUCUCUUACUCCGUUGAUCUCUCACGAUCUCUUCAAUGGUUGAGCGAAAACGGGAACUCCAUCGCGGAUUCUCGAUUUAUAUGGAAUAGCUACCUUCUGUCCCAACUGCGCUCAGUACAAGGGAUUGCACGAUUCGCUUUGCCUGUUAUGCACGGAUUCUAUGGAGAAGUUCAUCAUUGCGUGAAUGGGACUCAGUUCAAAUUGUCAUUAAUUUCGAGGCGAAGUAGAUACAGGGCAGGAGUACGCUUCUACAAGCGAGGUGUAAGUAGUGACGGACACCCAGCUAACUUCGUGGAGACGGAACAAAUUGUCGAAACGAUAUCGGGCAGGGGCCGAAGGUUAACUUCUUUCCUGCAGACACGCGGUUCAAUUCCUCUAUUAUGGUCUCAGCGUCCCAAUCUUAAAUGGCAGCCAAUGCCUACUAUGAAACCCAGUGACGAUCAACUUUCGGCGUACGUAAAGCAUUUCGAACACCAGAAGAAGACUUAUGGAGGCCAACAUGUAAGUCAUUGGUUGUGGUUAUCCCACAAACUAACCCGCCCUCAGCUUCAAGUGAAAAAGUGA